AUGAAACGGGACUCAGAUGAGUAAGGCAUAAAAUCAAUUCAUGGCAAAAUUUAAAUUGAUGAGCUACCAGCAGCUUAAAGCUGGGCAACGAUCAUCAAAAUACCGUGAUCAUCUCCAUCAAACAUUUCUUCAUAGUCCCUUGAGAUGAAAAACAGAAUAUAACCAGAUAAAAAAGGAAAAAAAUGCAAUUAAGCCCAAGAAAAGAGAAAACGGUAUAAGCCGAAAAUUUUGAAGAAAAUGCUUUUAGAACCAGGUAAAAAAACUGAGUUUAGGAAAUUCAAACCUAGGAAAGAGAAAAGGAUUCAAGAUGGAGAAACACCAUAGAUCUGAGUGCCGAGCUCCUCGGGCUAGAAGAUCGUCGACGGCGAAACCUAACAAAGCCGAGCAACACCAGGGUCUUUCCCCACUCAAAACUAAUUAGAUGCUCACUGCUAUACUAAUGGGGUUGGUUACGUGCAUAUAUAGCCGAACUCAGAAGCUUGGUCCGAUCCGAACUCAGAAGGUUGGUGCGAUCUAUUAGGGUUAAAUUGGUUCAACAACAUCCAGAAGGACGCCUUCCAAAAGGACUGUGACCAUGCCUACCACCUGCUCGACCAAAUGCCUGAUCCAAAACUUGUUUCGUGGACGCGCACGAUAUCGUCGUACAUCAAAAGCGGGCAUGCGGAUCUUGGGCUGCGCGAAUUUCGUCGGAUGUGCGACUCGGGUCUGCGGCCUAACGAGUAUGGCUUAUCGCUUGCUCUCAAAGCAUCCCGCCUUGCAGGUGAACCCGCCAUUGGCAAGCUCCUUCAUGGCCUAGCAAUCAAAGCCGGGUUUGAAGCCAAUUCAUUUUGCGGUACGUCCAUUCUUGAUAUGUACUGCAAGUAUGGUUACAUGAAGGAAGCUCAACUUUUCUUUGACAGAACUACUGUUAAAUGCCAAGCUUUGUGGAACUCAUUCAUUGAUGGAUAUUCGCGUCAUUCUAAGCCUCAAGAAGCUGUUAAGUUGUUUCACCAAAUGCUGCUUUCUUGUACUGCACCUAAUUGUUUUACUUACACCAUUCUUAUUAAGCAUGGAGCCGGAAAUUUUGACAUUAGUUUUGUGAAAGUUAUCCACGCUCGAGUUAUUAAGAUUGGUUUUGAAAAUGAUUGUUUUGUGGGUUGCGCUCUUAUAGAUGCUUUUGCAAAAUUUUCGGAGCUGACUGAUGCUUGCAGCUUGUUUUAUGAAAUGGAAGAGCGCGACCAUGUUGUGUGGUGUGCGUUAAUAGCAGGUCUGCAGCAAAGUGGAGAGGCUGAGCAAGCUCUUGAUUUGUAUCUUGAUUUUGUUUCAGAAGUUGAACUUGGUUUGCAGUUGCAUUCUUGCUUACUGAAGUCUGGGUUUGUGCUGGACUCAUUCAUUGGGUGUGCUUUGAUUGACAUGUAUGUUAGUUUUGGAAUGACCCGUGAUGCAUAUGGAAGCUUUGUUGGCACGGCAGAGAAGAAUGGAGUAAUCUAUAGUACAAUGAUUCAAGGUUUUGUUUGUGAUUCAGACUUUGUUGCUGCAGUUGAUAUGGCACUGGUGAUGGGGAAGCUUGGAAUGGUUUUUGAUCAUUCUACCUUAUCUUCUAUGCUUAGAGCUUUUGCUAGUCUCGAUAUGCUUGAAGAAGCCAGAGUUAUUCACUGCCGCAUUGUGAAAACAAUUGGAACGCAAGAUCUUAUUAUGGGGAACAAUCUUAUGGAGAUGUACUUAAAUUUCAGGGCUAUUGAUGAGGCUUUUAAGAUGUUCAUGGAUAUUGAAGUGCCUAAUGAGUUCUCAUGGACUAGCCUAAUGCAUGGCUAUGUUGAAUCUGAGAGAUAUGAUGAAGCUUUUGAAUUAUAUCGUAUGAUGCUGCCUUUAGGUUCCGCAAAACCAAAUGAGUACACCAUUGUUGCUGCUCUACAAGCUUGCUCUGGACUUCCAGAAACAUGCCAAGGAAAGCAAAUUCACGGCUUUACCAUAAAGAUGGGCUUUUGUUUACACGCGUUUGUGGAAUCUGCUUUGCUUGGAAUGUAUGCAAAGCAUGGCUGCAUGGAUGAUGCAUCUCUAAUUUUUUUGAAUUUACUGGAGAAGGACAUUGUUUGUUGGAACAUCAUGAUAGCAUCCUAUGCUCAACAUGGACUUGGGGAAAAAGCUCUGAAAACCUUCUUGCAGUACAAGGAAGGGCCUUCAAAUAUUGAUGAAUCAAUCUUUUCUAGCUGCCUUUCUGCUUGUUCAAGCUUGACUUCAAUUGACAUGGGAAGAUAUAUCCAUGAGAACUGUGUUAAAACUGGAUAUGAUUCCAAAUUGAAGGUUGGUGUGGCCAUUAUUGAUAUGUAUUGCAAAUGUGGGAGCAUCAAGGAUGCCAGACAGUUCUUCAAUGAAAUGAAAGAACAUAAUGUGAUAUCCUAUACAGCAAUGAUUUCUGGGUUUUCACAACAUGGGCUUGUUCUGAAUGCCCUUCACCUGUUUGAGGUAAUGAAAGAAAGUGGUGUUAUGCCUGAUGGAAUAACCUUUGUUGAGAUUCUUUCUGCAUGUAGCCAUUUUGGAUUGGUGAAAGAAGGAUGGGAAUAUUUUGAGUCUAUUACAGAUUAUGGGUUAGAGAAAACAAUGAAUCAUUAUGCCUGCAUGGUUGAUCUUCUUGGGCGGGUAGGGCUUGUGGAGAAAGCAGAGGAUUUGAUCAACAAUGCACCAUUUCCUUUGAAGACCUCUUUGUGGAGGACCCUACUUGGUGCCUGUAAUAAGCAUGGGGAUGUCAAGAAUGGUGGACGGAUAGCUGAAAUUAUUUAUAGAUCUGAACCAAAUGACACAUCGAGUUAUGUGAUGCUUUCAAAUCUUUUUUCAUCAAAUUCCAUGUGGGACCAUUCCCUUGAGGUGAAGGGCAAAAUGAAACAAGAAUUCAUGAAAAAAAUUCCUGGUUAUAGCUGGAUAGCUUAGGAAUAUACAAAAGAAUUUGCAUGUCAUCAUUUUGUUUGAUUGUCUAAAAUGUUAGCUUGCACUUUCCAAUUUUCCAAAUACCACUGUUUUGUAGCCAUACCGCUUGCAAGUUUCAUUGAAGAAGCAUUUCCCCGUUAUUGUGUCUCCAAAAGGUAUCAUUUCACUUUUUUCUUUAGCACUAUUGAAGAACCGGAGCUGAACAAGAAACAAAAAGAUGGAUACGAAGAGGAUUUUGGUUAGAUUGAAUUAUCUAUUACAGCCAAGCAGUAAGUAUAUAUAAGGAAACUUAUACAGCUCUAUACAUAUGAGCCAAUAGAUGGCAGCCACGUCAUACAUUAACAUAAGUGUGCAAAGUAAUUUAUAUAUUUUACUGCACUUAUACGCCCCUGUAAACUCAUGGGUCUUGGAUGACCGUCAGUUUGUGUCGUAGGUAGAGAAAUCUUGGUGUAGACAAAACUUUGGUGAAGAUAUUAGCCACUUGAUCUACAGUUGUGAUGGGUAA